AUGGAUUUACAGGAAGAGAAAGUUGGAUCUACCAAGCCGCGGCUCUGGCCCAAUCAUGAUGAUUCGAGCGUCGAGUCCUUCGAAAAGGAUCUUGCUGCAGCUAUUGCCUCCGAUCAUGCCCAGGGAUAUGAUCGCGCUACGGGACACCGAGUCUUGCGAAAGAUCGAUUUGUAUCUGAUUCCAUGGAUGUGGCUUGGCUAUGGAUUCGUCUACUAUGACAAGGUAAGAGAAGAAGUAGUGAAAGGGGGAAAGAAAAGGCAUGAUCUGAUGCAUCAAAAGGCCAUCCUAGGCAGCGCUGUCCUCUUCGGCAUGACCAAAGACCUCUCCCUCAGUGUCGUCGAUACACGCACCAACCCCGCAACGACCGUCACAACACGCCUGAGUUGGGCAACAUCAAUCUUCUACUUCGGCAUGCUCGCCGGUCUCUACCCUAUGACUUUCAUGCUCCAGCGCUUCCAGAUAGGUAGGGUACUGGGCGUUCUAGUCAUCCUCUGGGGAAUGAUUGCAAUGCUUACAGCCACUGUCACGUCUUGGCGUGGGCUUUUUGCUCAGCGCUUCUUCCUUGGGUUUGUCGAGAGCGUGAUACCGACCGCUUUCAUGUGCAUUGUCAGCGGAUACUAUACGCAACAAGAACAAGCUCUUCGCCAAAGUUGGUGGUUCUCUUCAACCGGUGGUUGGACGAUUAUCGGAGGUGCUUUGAACUACGGCUUUGCUCAGAUCACGGGUGGAUCGUUGGCGAGAUGGCAGUAUAUUUAUCUGUUGGCUGGCUCGCUGACCGUGCUCUUUGGAUGUGUGUGUUUUGCAGUUCCCAAUUCCGAGGUGUCGGCUUGGUUCCUUACGCCGGCAGAGCGCAUAGUUGCUGUGGAGAGGCUGCGGAAAGGCCAGACGGGCGUACGAUGUCAGAAAUUGAAGGGUUCGCAGAUUCGAGAGGCAGCAUUGGAUGUUAAGAUAUGGCUCGUUGCGCUCAUGAUGGCGGCUGCGUAUACUGUUAAUGGUGCUGUCAGUGGCUUUGGACCUCUUAUUGUGUCCACAUUUGGCUGGUCGACCCUUGACUCAAUUCUUCUCCAAUUUCCGCUAGGUGGGGUCUGCUUCAUCUUCAUUCUCCUCACCGGUUACCUUUCCAGCAAGAUACCUAACAUUCGCCUCGUUCUCCUGAUCCUCUGCUGCUUGCCUGUAAUCGCUGGGUGUGCAAUGAUCUGGCGAAGCAGCUGGACCCAUCGAGCUGCCACACCUGUAGCUGGCUACACUAUCAUUGGAUUCUUUGGGCCGGUGGUCAGUCUAAUCAUUAGUAUCGGCAUGGCCAACGUUGCAGGCGCCACCAAGAAGAGCUGCACAGCAGCCGCCAUCUUUGUUGCGUACUGCGUGGGAAAUGUAAGCAACGGUCACACCCUCUACUGCGUUGUCAUCAUUCUGGCCAUCGCAUUAUACUUUGUCCUUGAUGUGGAGAACAAGCGCCGAGAGUCUCUCCGAGUGGAUGAGGAAGAGCGAGAUCGACUGGCGUUCAUGGAUCUGACUGACAAGGAGAACCCAUACUUUCGAUACGUGCUAUAA